GGGUUUUUGUUUUUAAAUACCCUUGUUUGAAGCUUGUGACAACUUACAGUUGCCUCAGAAACAACCAAGUUGUCUGUGCAUCUGCAUAUGGGCAGAAGUGUGGAGGUCAACUUCUACAGCUGUCAUCUUCUAGUCAAGGUAUUGAGGGUGAUUUAUCUCUUGCAUCAUGCGUGAAUACAAGCUAGUGGUUCUUGGUUCUGGAGGUGUUGGAAAGUCUGCUCUGACUGUACAGUUUGUUCAAGGAAUAUUUGUUGAAAAAUACGAUCCUACGAUAGAAGACUCCUACAGAAAGCAAGUUGAAGUAGAUGCACAACAGUGUAUGCUUGAAAUCUUAGAUACUGCAGGAACGGAACAGUUUACAGCAAUGAGAGACCUAUACAUGAAAAAUGGACAAGGUUUUGCAUUAGUAUAUUCCAUCACAGCACAGUCCACAUUUAAUGAUUUACAGGAUCUAAGAGAACAGAUUCUUCGAGUCAAAGACACUGAUGAUGUGCCUAUGAUUCUGGUUGGCAAUAAGUGUGACUUGGAAGAUGAAAGAGUUGUGGGAAAGGAACAAGGUCAGAACCUAGCAAGGCAAUGGAAUAACUGUGCAUUCUUAGAGUCUUCUGCAAAAUCAAAGAUAAAUGUUAAUGAGGUAAGGCCUGUUACCUAUGGGGGGAGGAGUGGCAGGGAGAGAAGGAUGGGACACUGUUCUGUAUUUGGUAUUAAAUUAUUUGAGAUAAGAACAAAAACUCCUAAGGGUUUUGUCAAAAUUAGCAGUUCUGUAAAGAAAAAGGGGGGCAAAAGCCUCUUUACUAUCUAGCCACUUACUUGUUUAGCAGGAGCUAGGUGACUGAUCAAACACAUGCAUUUUUGGGACUUGCCAUAGCGCAUGCCUUCUUAUCCAGUGGGGGCAGCAGCAUAAAGGGAUGCAGAAAUUUUUAGAGGAAAAAAUGUGUUAAUAUUUACAUUUCUGGAACAGCUUGAAUUUUAUGAUAAACCCUCCAGUUCAUUGUGUCUUCUGGAAAACAUUGCUGGCAGCAUCAGUCAAGUUGAAAGGGCCUCUGUGCAAGACUUGCAUGUAAUCAAAAGAGUAUGGUGGUUUUAAGCACAGCUGAUUUUAAAAAUAAGUAAUGUGCGUUUAAUUAGCUGAGAAUUUCUGGAAACUAUUCAGUUUUUCUUAAAUACAAAUUAAUUGGCUUAACUAUAUAAAAGUCAUAUGUUUAAUAAACUAGAACUAACUUCCAUCAAAUACUAAAAGCCCUUGUUGGAAUGUUUGCUGCUUUGCAGCCAGUGCUUAGGAAACUUCUAGGAUGGCUUUAGUACGAGGACUUCCUUGAUUUAGGAGAUGCAGAAAUAAUUACAACUGUAUCGAUUAUGAACGAAACAGAUGCUGUUUAAUUGUAGUAUGUAGACUCGUCUUAAAUUAGCCUUUCAACAAAAUCAUGUUCUAAUUAGAAUUCUAGGAGACUCAAAGUGUGAGAGUGUCUCAUACAUGAGUUACUUUUCUAGGAAAUGUUACGCUUAUGUCAUGCUGUAGUCCUAGAGAGGCUGCUGAAUUAAUUGUCUAGACUUCAGUAUUUUUAAAGUAUCUGGAAAAGCAUGAUCUCAUUCAGAUACAAGAGGCUAUUACUGAAUAUGCAGUGUACUCAAGUUACCAUGAAAAUGUUUAGUUAAAACUUACUAGAACUUUCUUUAAAAGAAUAUCCUUAGAGUGAUUUGAGUUAGAAGAAAGCUGUGGCCUGUUUCUUGACCUCAGUGCUAAAUUGCAAAGUAAUAGCAUAUAGUAGUUGAUCACUGUGGCAUAUAUCAUGCCAUAUAUCAGAUAAAUUUGACCCAGAGGUUAAAUAGCUGCAGAUUACAGAUGCCUUUCCAGUUUGCUUCAUUGAAAGUGAAAAACCCUUAGCAGACAAUUAUCUUAAACAGUAAAAAACCCCAGGUAUUAAUUAAGUAUACAAUUUCACUUUCUGGCUUUCUGAUAACUAAAUAUUUACAGGGGUUCUUGAGUAUGCGAGUACAUUAUGUGUGAAGAUUCGAGGCUUAAGGUUAUGAGAGAAGCCUCUUAAUUCCAAUAACCAACUGAUUUUUAUAU